AUGUUGAAAUUAUCCACUAUCCUAUUUGGAGUAGUGCUAGCUAUCAAUUACUACUUGGCCAUUAAGUAUCACCAACAAACUGGUCAAAGUUCUCCCAUCAAUCAUGACAAUACAAAUUCAAUUGAGUAUAAUCCAUUAGCUAAAGGUCAACCCAAACUUGCAACUAAUCAAUACCUCACUAAGAAGUUUCCACCUAGAGAUUUAUCUCAAAUUGGUAAAGAAAAUGCAACAAUGGUCAUGCUUGUUAGAAAUAGUGAAUUAGAAGGUGCAUUGUCAUCAAUGAGAUCAUUAGAAGAUAGAUUCAAUCGAGAAUUCAGAUAUCCUUGGGUGUUUUUAAAUGAUGAACCAUUCGAUGAAGAAUUUAUUGAAAAGACAAGUCUAAUGUCAAGUGGUAAUACAUUUUAUGAAUUAAUUCCUGAAGAUGAUUGGCAACCUCCUUCAUAUAUCAAUAAAACCAAAUUAGAUGAAAACUUAUACAAUUCAAGACAAAGUGUGCUAUAUGGAGGUGUUAGAUCAUAUAGAAAUAUGUGUCAUUUCAAUUCUGGAUUUUUUUAUAAACAAAAGAGAUUAUUAAAUUAUGAUUGGUAUUUUAGAGUUGAACCAGAUGUUGAAUAUAUGUGUGAUUUCCAAUAUGAUCCUUUCCGAUUAUUGCGGGAAAAUAAUAAAGUGUAUGGAUUCAUAAUAGCUAUAACUGAAUAUGAAAAUACUAUUCCAACAUUAUGGGAAACUGUUGAAAAUUUCAUGGAAAAAUAUCCAAACUAUUUACAUAAAAACAAUGCUUUAAAAUUUUUAACAACUCAUGAAACUUCAUUAACUCAUCAUAUGAAUUUUUCAAAUGCAACUGGUGAUUAUAAUUUAUGUCAUUUUUGGUCAAAUUUUGAAAUUGGUAAUUUAAAUUUUUUCAGAAGUAUAGAAUAUGAAACAUUUUUCAAGUUUUUGAGUGAAGCUGGUGGUUUUCAUUAUGAAAGAUGGGGAGAUGCUCCAGUUCAUUCUAUAGGUUUAAGUUUAUUAGCAGACAAGAAAGCUAUACAUCAUUUUGAAGAUAUUGGUUAUUAUCAUGCACCAUUUUUAGCUUGUCCACAUUCAGAAGAUAUCAUUGCCUCUAAAAGAUGUAUAUGUAAACCAAGGGAUCUGCAAGAAAACAUAAACAGAACAAUUGAUGUUAAUGCUCAUAGUUGUUUAUCUAGAUGGUGGAAAUAUGGUGGUGGUAAAACUUUUUUGAAUGAAAUUGAUUACAAAAGGUGGUGA